CCGUGAUAUUCAGUCAUCAUUGUUGUGUUUUUUAUCGGAUCUUUUUUGUAAAGCACGAAAAGAAAUUACAAUAAGCCUCAUAUGUCUUAAGAUAACUUUAAUUAAAUUAUAACUAAUGGAAGUUCCAUUGAUCCAUCGAAGAUCUUACAACAAAAAAAAAGAAACAUUUUUAACAUAAAGUAAAAAAAAUAAGGAAGGAGGAUUUUUACACAUUAAUUAAGCAAAAGAAUUAAAGAAGAAAAUAACUUCAAGGUGCAUUUUUUCAGUCCAGUAACACACUCGUUUUUAUGAUUCCUGUGCCAAAACUUAGCUAUACUUAUAGAAGUGAUUAACAUUUAAGAAAUUAAGAAACAUUUGAGGAAUUUAUGAAGGCAGAGCAGUCAAUAAUUGAUAAGGAAGACGACAAGAUAGAGCAUUCAGCUUAAUAUUAAAUACAUAGUGGAACUAGUCAUAGAAGUCGCUAUUUAGAUAAAAUUUUAUUUCGGCCAAAAAGAAAGAAAGAAAGAAGUCAAGUCACAAAAAAAAAUAAAGGUAUAGAGUAGGAAUGAAGUAGGCAAGCAGUAACAAGGAAGAAUUUUUCGGAGCAAGUAGAGAGAAAAGACAAUUAAGUAUAAGAUUUUUAAUACCUAAAAAGAAAAAAGAUUUAAGAAAAAUAAGAUGGGCAACAAGAAUUCUUGUUGCUCUUUCGGAAGUCCUAGUCCUCCAGCACGUAAAGCAAAAGCAAAAGAUCCACCCGUGUUUGAAGAGCAUUUACCCGAAGGGGAUUUAUCAACGAAUAAUUUACAGCAUAUAUCAGAGCGUGAGGGCGACGAUGGUGAUAAUUUAGAUCCAUCAUGCGAUCCAUCGGCAGCAACACUAUUUCUCGAACGUUCAAAACAGAGCCUUGAGAAUGGCAUGACAAGAAAGAAGUCUUCGCAUCAAAUUGCACCACAAGGUCUCAAAAAAAGUUCCAGUUGUUCGACAAUUUAUCUUGAUGACAGUACCGUGUCACAGCCAAAUUUAAAGAAUACAGUCAAGUGUGUAUCACUAGCCAUUUAUUAUCAUAUUAAGAAUCGCCAAUCGGAACGACGAAUGGAUAUAUUUGAUGAGAGACUACAUCCAUUGACACGCGAUGGUGUUACUGACGAUUAUGAUCGUCAUAAUCCAGAACAUAGACAGAUUUAUAAAUUUGUAAGGACGCUCUUUAAUGCUGCCCAAUUGACAGCCGAAUGUGCAAUUAUUACACUUGUUUACCUUGAACGAUUACUAACAUAUGCGGAAUUGGAUAUUGCACCAUGCAAUUGGAAGAGAAUUGUAUUAGGUGCCAUUUUACUCGCUAGUAAAGUAUGGGAUGAUCAAGCUGUAUGGAAUGUUGAUUACUGUCAAAUUCUAAAAGACAUAACCGUUGAGGAUAUGAAUGAAUUAGAGCGACAAUUUCUCGAAUUGUUACAGUUUAACAUUAACGUACCGUCAUCCGUAUAUGCGAAAUAUUAUUUUGACUUAAGAUCAUUAGCUGAAGCCAACGAUCUCUCAUUUCCAACCGAACCACUGUCAAAGGAGCGUGCACAAAAGCUCGAAGCGAUGUCGCGCGUCAUGCAGGAUAAAUAUACAGCAGAAGCACAUAGAAAUGGUAUGAAAAAGUGGUCAUCACUCGACAACAUACGAAAUGAUCCGCGACGAUCUGUUGCAAUUUUAAGCUAAUGGGCAUUUAUUGAGAUGACGAAAACCUUUCUUUUUAAUGCUGAGCAAUUUUUCUCUUUUAUGAAAAGUGGUUAAAAAAACGACGAAAAAAUAAUGAUGAAAAUUUUUUAUUAUAUUGAAUGAGUAACUGGAUAUGAG